AAUUCAGUUGUGAAAAAGACAAGAUGUUUCUCCUAGUAGCUCUUUGCCUCGUUGGAACCGCGUUGGCUGCUCCAGCCAUCCCGGAAGAAACAAUGACCCCUGAGGAGUCCCGCCUUCUCAUGUCUCCUUACAUCGCGUACGACUAUCCUUAUACGGGUUACCCGGCGCCAAUUCUUCCUCUAAGAACCGUGAUGAUCGACCCUAAAGAGGAAAUCGCUGAGCCAAAGGACUGGAAACUGGAAGAGCUUCCAGAGGCCCCGGAGUUGCCAAAAUUUGAAGAAUCCAAGCCUGUUUUAGUGAAACUGGAUACCAGCAAGCCUCUUUCCUACUUCACCAACUGGAUCAACUCUUUCCCUAGCUUCAAUCUGCCAAACCUUCCCUUCAUAGGCGGUUUCUUCCCUUCAUCGAGCGGCAGAGUGGUAGUGCCGUCUUACUAUGGGUACCCUGGGUACACUGCUCCUAUGAUCGUCGAACCAGCUAAGCAUUAAUGACUUCCGCUGAAAAUUAAAAUGUUGAACAACGAUUAUUGGAAUAAAAUUGCAGAUUUUAAUUGAUAA